AUGAAUUGCUUGAGAAUCUUCGUACGAUCGUACCUGGGCCCUUCACAGGCGGCGCGGCACGCCGAGGAGCUGCUGGCGGAGGUCGAGGCGGAGAAGCGCGGCAAGGGCAAGAAGGGCAAGAAGAAGAAGAAGGGCGGCGGGAGCGGCGGCGCUGGGCCGUCGCAGGAGUCCGAGGCGCCGUCAGAGGCAGACGCAGCCAAGCCCGCGAAGCUGGACAGGGAGGGGUUGAUCAGGCUUCUCGAGACGCUCCACGAGGAGCGGAUUCGGGCCAAGGCGGAUGCCGACUAG